AUGUAUGCUACUGAUGCUGGUCCAGGAUCUGUCGCUGUUGCUGACUUCAACAACGAUGCUCGACUUGACAUCGUUACCACUAAUUACAAGAGCGACAGUGUAAGUGUGCUUCUUGGAUAUGGUAAUGGAAGCUUUGCACAUCAAAUAACCUAUUCAACUGGCUCUGAGCCACGUUUUGUAGCUGUUGGCGACUUCAACAAUGACACUCAAAUGGAUAUUGUCGUUGCUAAUCGUGUUAGUAGCACUAUAAGUGUACUUGUUGGAUAUGGUAAUGGCAGCUUUGCAGAUCAAAUAACUUAUCCUGCUGGCACUGAGCCAUGGUCUGUAGCUGUUAGUGACUUUAACAACGACAUUCGACUAGAUAUCGUUGUUGCUAAUUCAGGAAGCAACAAUGUAAGUGUUCUUCUCGGAUAUGGCAAUGGCACUUUUUCAAAUAUAACAACUUAUUCCACUAGUUCUGGUCCACUGUCUGUAGUUGUUAGUGAUCUCAAUAAUGAUACUCGAAUGGAUAUCGUUGUCGCUAAUACAGGGGAACAAAAUGUAGGUGUAAUGCUUCAAGAGACUAUCAUAGGUCUCGGAAAUGCAAAGACGUUUGUAGCUGGUAGUGGUUCCGACUUACGGUGUCUUGCUGUUCGUGAUAUGAAUAACGACAAAAACUUGGAUAUGGUGAUUGCUAAUUACGGCAGUAAAACAAUAGGCAUUCUUCUUGGUAAAGGGGACGGUACUUUUGCAAAUCAAGUGACGUAUUCAACUGACUCGGGUCCGAACUUUGUAGCUGUGGAUGACUUCAACAAUGACACUCAUUUGGAUAUUGCUGUAGCCAAUUAUAAUAGUAAAAGUGUAGGUAUGCUUCUUGGAAAUGACAACGGAACAUUUACGGCACAAACCAGUGUUGGAACUCGUUUUCCUUCUGCUCCCUUUGUUCUUGCAGUUGGUGAUUUGAACAAUGAUGGACGAUCAGAAAUUAUGGUUGCCCACGAUGGUAGUGACGUCGUCCAUAUACUUAUUGCAUAUGACGUCGGAUCGUUAACAAAUCAAAUCACAUAUUCUACCGGCUCUUAUCCAAUCGCUGUAGCUGUUGGUGAUUUCAACAACGACACUCAUAUGGAUAUCGUUGUCGCUAAUCACAAUAGUCAAACUGUAAGUGUGCUUCUCGGAUAUGGCAAUGGCACCUUUAAAAAUCAAACGACCUAUUCCACUGGUUCUGGUCCAAUAUCUAUAGCUGUGGGUGAUUUCAACAACGACACUCAAAUAGAUAUCGUCGUUGCUAAUGAAUACGAUAACAGUGUAAGUCUAUUACUCGGAUAUGGGAACGGUACCUUUGCAAAUCAAAAAAUGUAUGCUACUGAUGCUGGUCCAGGAUCUGCAGCUGUUGCUGACUUCAACAACGAUGCUCGACUUGACAUCGUUACUACUAAUUACAAGAGCGACAGUGUAAGUGUGCUUCUUGGAUAUGGCAAUGGCAGCUUUACAGAUCAAAUUACCUAUGCUGCCGGCGCUGGCCCAACAUCUAUAGCUGUUGAUGAUUUCAAUAAGGAUGGUCGACUGGAUAUCGUUGUCGCUAAUGCAGACAGCAAUAAUGUAGGUAUACUUCUCGGAUAUGGUAAUGGGAGCUUUGCAGAUCAAAAAACCUAUUCCACUGGUUCUGGUCCAAUCUAUGUAGCUGUUGUAACACUAUAA